AUGUCAGAGUCGAGGCCUGACGCUGUUUUCAUAGGUGGAUAUGGCACUGCAUCAGUCUGGCUCAAAGCUGACAGGUAUGGCAAGAUCAUCGAUGUGAGUGACAAACAUCUUCUCUCGAAUGUUACUUUGGCUGAUUUAGGUCUCCAAUCUAGCGAAUGGCAAUCAAGGAUACAGCCUUCGAGCAUUGGACUUCCCAGUUCUGGAAUUCGGACUUUACGAUGCCCAACGAGUAAGUCCUGGAUACAUUCGACUACAGCUUGAAAGAAUGCUGAUAUUCGGUGUGAAGAGUCUCUGCGAUGUACCGCCUCAGACCGCUGAGAGGUUCGGAAAAUGUGGUUCGAAUUCGCAACUGGCGUAUGAAUAAGCCGCAAAAAAGGUAUGUCCACGUUGUUCGUGGAACUACAUCCGUGCUCUGAAGUGAAAUAUUAAUCUCGUGAAUGUCUAGGCACCGCAUUUACAUGGAAUUCUGGUAGGUAUCGUGCCCCCCCGUACUCAUUCAGCGUUCAAUGCUGAUGUCGGUAAUCUAGCCCUUUUGGAAGUUUGAGGGAUGUCAUUGUUCCCCACCGACGACAGGGUGGCAGGCCACCUGUUCCAUUCGCUUGGAAGUUUUUCGAGGACCUAGUCGUUGCUGGGAUUCUCAUGGAAAGAGGCGAUAUGCAUUGCAACACUCUCGGCAACUGGAGUCUGCUGGUACAUCGAGAUCUGAAACCGGACAAUAGUAAGUUCCCCGAAGCCCAUGUUGCUAGGUCGCAUAGCUAAUCUGUCGAAGUAUUCCUCGCAAACAACAACUCUGCCGAGUUCAGGGGGUACCCGAAAGCGAAAGUAGGAGACUGGGGUCUCUGCGUGAUCUUGUCUCCAGACGACAAGAGGACGACUAGGGCUUUCGGAUUGGCUAGCUAUCAGUACAAUGUCCCGGUCAGUUUCCUAUUCUUUCCAUGCUCGCUGCUUUGUUGACACUCCAGAAGGAACUAGUGAAUCCCAACCUGCAUGGCGCGGCUAGUGGAACCAAUCCGCAAAGGCUGACAAGCAAGAGCAAUGGUAUGUGGCGUGUUUCACUCUGUCCGAGGGUAACUAACUAACAUUUCGCAGUCUGGCAAGUUGCCAUGGUUGUUUGGUGCUACAUGAAGUGUAGGAUGAGCAUGAAGUCUUCCACUUCAGAUGUGCAUUUGCUGACCAAGUACACCUAGGCGAACCUAAUGGCGACUGGGACUUGAGAGCGUUCGACUAUGCGACACGCCGGGAACCUGCCGACUUCAACGCACAACAGAGAAUGCAUUACGGCGCUGCACUCUGUGACCUCGUCAUGGAAUGUCUGGCAUAUCUUCCUGAGGAAAGACCCAGCUUCGAUCGAAUCCUCAAACAAAUACGCCGCCACACGACAUCAGGGAGGAAUGACGGCGCUGGUGGUCUACGUCUCGCGUCAGCAGAUGACAGGAGAUUUGGCAAGUAUGGGCUUCUGCUCAGAAAAGAGAGAUACCCUCUCCGUAGUAUGCUCCAGGACGAGUUACGCGCUGAGGAUAUUGAUGGCCACAUACCGCCUGCCAUACAACACGGUCCCGGCGACAGCGAUUCUUCUCACAGCAGUGAUGAUUUUGGUGGACCUGCAGGCGCAUCCAUGGUCUUCCCUGGGCUGGCUUCCCCUCGAGCGCCGAAUAUCUCGCCUGUGACGCGAAACCUCUGA